GGACCAUUUCCGGCCGUUGUUUGUUUACUUUUCUUCUCGUGGAACCAAAACAAAAAGCGGCCCCAAAAAUGACGCAGAUGUCCGACGAACAAUUUCGCAUACUCAUCGAAACGAUUCAGGCUUUGGCGCCCAUCAAAGAGGAGGAGCCGCCCUCGAAGGGGAGUUUCAGUAAUUGCACGGUGCGGUUCAGCGGGCAGCGGGAUCACGAUGCCGUGGAUGAGUUCAUCAAUGCUGUGGAGACGUACAAGGAGGUGGAGGGCAUCAGCGACAAGGACGCCCUGAAGGGUCUGUCGCUGCUCUUCAACAACAUAGCCGUGAUGUGGUGGAAGGGAGUGCGCCGGGAUGCCAAGACCUGGCCGGAUGCCCUGCAGCUGCUGAGGGACCACUUCUCGCCAACGAAGCCCUCCUACCAGCUGUACAUGGAGAUCUUCGAGACGAAGCAGGCCUACGACGAGGUGAUCGACUCCUUUGUCUGCAAGCAGCGGGCCCUGCUGGCCAAGCUGCCCGAGGGACGUCACGACGAGGAGACGGAGCUGGACUUCAUCUUCGGUCUGAUGCAGCCCAAGUACCGGGAGGCCAUUCCCCGGCACGAGAUCAAGACCUUCCGGGAGCUACUCGAUCGUGGACGAACUGUGGAGCGCACCAAGCACUGAAGUGGCA